CUUAGUCUCACCGUCUGUGUGCAUGUUUGGCUGGGCUCUGUUAGCUUUUGACAGCUCCGCUCCGGACUCAUUUCAGCGUCUGGGACGUCAUUGUCUUACCUGUGUGUCUGAGUCAGAGGCUGGCUCAUCACUCCAUGUCUGUCUGCCCACUGGGACUUUCUCCAUCUAUGCAAAGAGGGCACAAGUGUUAGGUGGUUUUCACAGCAGCAGCAGCAGCGACAGCGGUGGCACCAGCAGUCUUGAACUUUGAGGACUCUCCACACUGCAUUAAUUGUUCUGCUGUGUGUAAACACCUUGCGUCACUCACACCUCUCCCCCAAGUGAUUCACUGUUCCCUAAGCAUCCCCACUUGGAGGCAAAGCAGUGAGAGAAAAGGUGAAGGAGGAUUUACUCAGAACCAAAGUGCAUACGUGGUUGCAAACAGUCCGGUAAGCACCAUGAAGCUGGUGUUCUUGAUGCUCAUGUGUGUGUACAUGGGCAACGUGAGCGGUAUGUCUACGUGUAAGACGCUGGACCUGGAGAUGGUGAAGAAGAAGCGCAUCGAAGCCAUCAGGAGCCAGAUCCUCAGCAAACUGCGUUUGCCCAAAGAGCCUGAGCCGGAUCAGGCCGGAGAUGAGGAGGAGAUCCCCACCUCCCUAAUGUCCCUCUACAACAGCACCAAGGAGAUGCUGAAGGAGCAGCAGACCGAGGUCCAGACAGACAUCUCCACAGAGCAGGAGGAGGAGGAGUACUUUGCCAAGGUGCUGCACAAGUUCAACAUGACCGCAAAAAAUGACACAGCCAUCACCAAGACCUCCAAAAGCACCCUGAUGUUCUUCAACAUCUCAGAGAUUCGGGAGAGUGUGGGCGAUUACCGUCUCCUGACCAGUGCCGAGCUGCGGAUGCUCAUCAGACAAACUAACAUACCUUCUGAAGAGCGGGUGGAGCUGUACCAGGAUCUGGGGACAUCGUACCGCUACCUCGCUUCCCGCUUCAUCACCAACCAGUGGAAAAACAAAUGGCUGUCCUUCGACGUUACUGAGACCCUACAGAACUGGCUCAAAGAAAAUGAGGACGAGCGGAGUUUCCAACUUCGGCUGUUCUGUGAAUGUGGCUCGACAAGUGACGACCGUGGCUUCAGUUUUACCAUCUCUGGGAUCAGUACUGGUAGGGGAGACACAGGAAUGUUACAAAUGAUGACACAGCAACCACCCUACAUCCUGACCAUGUCCAUCCCUCAGAACAUCAGCAGCCACCUCACCUCGCGCAAAAAACGCUCCACGGAUACAAAGGAUACCUGCACAGCCCAGACAGAGACCUGCUGCGUGCGGAGCUUGUACAUUGACUUCAGGAAAGAUCUGGGCUGGAAGUGGAUACAUAAGCCAACUGGCUACAACGCUAACUACUGUAUGGGGUCCUGCACCUACAUCUGGAACGCUGAAAACAAAUAUUCUCAGAUUUUGGCCCUGUACAAGCAUCACAACCCAGGAGCCUCUGCCCAGCCCUGCUGUGUUCCCCAGGCGCUGGAGCCCCUGCCAAUCCUCUACUAUGUAGGCAGGCAACACAAGGUGGAGCAGCUGUCCAAUAUGAUUGUGAAGUCCUGCAAGUGCAGCUAAAAAUACAACCCCUGCUCGGCCUCUGCUCAGACAUAUACAGAGACGUGUUUGAGACCACAGAGAGCAGCCUGUGACGGAGAUAAACGGGAAGAAAAUAUUUAAAGUCAUCUGGAUCUUUGUGGUCCACCUUUCCUCCUGAGACAUUAUCAUGUUGGACGCACACCAAACCAUGGACAUCUUUAUAUAGAUAUUGUUUUCUAUGUGUACAUAGUUUUUUUCCUUGCAGUAGUCAAAACAUCUGUCUUGAAAUGAAUUAAUUUAUUUGUUGGAGGGACAGAUCUGUAAAGAAGUGAUGUUCACGUGUAAAAGGCUGUCAGUUUGACGUGGAAAAGGAUAAAAAUGAUUUAUAAAACCCAUAAAAAUAUGGAUGCCAAAGGACAUCAGGACCAAAAUGACCUUGAUGGAGCAACACUUUUGUUUCCACAGCUGACUGUCUGGAAAAUUUCUGUUAUUUCCAUAUCAUAGUGAAAGGUGCUAAAUCCCAGGUAUGGAAAACCGUGGUUGUUAGGGUUUUCCUGGACGAUAAUGCCACAGGUGUUUUUGAAGAGAGUUUCGCUUUAAAGGACAGCAGACAACCGCAGGGACAGUCCAACCUGGGGAAACUCCCUCUGACUGAGAGGCUGGUCUCGUCAGCCUAAAGAGCAACAUUUCACACGAACCGUCCAUCAGUUUUACUUUCAACCCACAUGAUUUAUACAAUGCUUUUUUGUGUUCAUAGUUGAAAGUCAGCUUGUCCUCAUGAAGCGUCCCGUGCUGUCAAAGCCGUGAGUAAUAUGAGUGGUUAUAAGAGUGAUGACACCAUGUUUUCUCGCUCUCAGGAUUUACAGCCAGCUUGUUGUCUUUAGACAGUGAGGGUCGGGGAUGUGGUUGUGGCAUUGGUUUUUAGGGAAGCCAUUCAGACUCAGUACACACAUUUGCUGUUUGUUUUUUAUCGCCAUAGUAAAUUAGGAGCAGUUUAUUGCCUUUUUUUAUUUCAGGACAAGUUUGUACUUUCAUCUGAAGUGUGAUGCUUUUUGCACAACUCAAAAAUUAAUUCAGCUUGUUUUAGGAAUAAAACCAACACAUUUUUUUUCAGUUUACCUAAUUAUUUGUAGUGCACUUACCAUUUGAAAUUUGUAAAUAUUUUAACAAUUUGAAAUAAACAUUGAUGUUAAAUUAU